UGGGGAGUAAAUUAGGAAAAGACGAUUGAGGUGGAUAGGAUAUACAUUACGGAAAUCACUAAACUGCAUCACUAGGUUAGCGCUUGUCUGGAAUCCUGAAGGUAAACAGAAAGAGGAAGGCCAAAGAACACACUAUACCGAGAACUGGGUGAAUAGCAACUGGAAAGAACUCAAAAGUAGAGCGCAGGACAGAUUUAGAUGGAUAAUGCUAGUGGUCGGCCUAUGCUCCUCCAUGAGGAGUCACGGGCGUAAGUCAGUAAGUAUUUAUAUCAGUUAGAGGCAUCUAGUAGUUCCUCAGUAAUCGGCUUAAUUUUUACUCGUUAUAUCUAUAACUUAGGUUCAUAAUAUACGGCGUAUAAAUUGAGCACUCGAACGCUAGAACCUUCCAAGUUGCAAAUGAGAAGAUAGAAGACAAGUGAAAAGAAUGCUAUUUCAAAACAGUGUCAUUUAUGGUACAGCACUGUCAGGUAUUUAGUUUUUAGUAAAAAAGAAAUCAUCAUUAUAGUCCUCCAAUCUACACACAAGGGGUUAUUAGCAUUUGUCCAAUAGGGAAGCUACACGUAAGGAUUCUUGAAUAUUCUUCCAAAAACUGGUUGGAUAGAAUAUCUUCGGCUCCUUUUGAGCUGCUCAGAGCUUCUUCGAGUUUACUCGUGGACCAUUCUCACAGUACUGGUCAUUUAUCUACCAAAUAACAACCUAUUGGCACUAUGUACUAAACAUGUGAACCAAAAUCUAGCUUAUUUUCUAGAAAGUAAAUAAACAUGGUACAGUAACUUCUAGACACAUAAAAUAAAGCAUAAAUAAAAUAUUGUAUAUGACAGUUAGUUGAUAACCUUUAUAUAUAAGACAGAAACUUUUCUUUAUUAAUACCACAUGAGAGAGGUGAAGUUUUUUCUGUUCAUGCGAUCGAUAAUUAUUCUUCAAAUAUCAGGUAUUUUUGUCUAAUAAUUUUACCUACUGAUCUUUAACUUCUCUUUAUGAACAGAUACGAAAACUAUGGGAAUAUGGAAUUUUUGUUUGUUUCUAAUUGUUUUGUUAUUGUUCAAUAAAUUUUUUAAAAAAAUGAUUAAUAAAACAAGCUGUAACAUGAAUAAUAGUUGAAACGGUUAAAGGUUAAGUUAUAUAGACUGAUCAAUAAAUUCAUGUAUGUGUAAAUCUUUACUACUAUUGUCCUCUUUGUUCUUUUAAAAUUAUUAGUGGUCAGAGAAUAAAAUAUCUCUAAUGGAUUGUUUUAUUCAGUAUCUGACGUAGAAAACGAGUUUCUUUUUAAUGGAAUUAGUUUCUUUACAAGAUGAAAUAAAUUUUACCAUCUGUUAUUUUGAGGGUGAAGAUAAAUUUACCAGAGAGAAAUUUAAUUUAGGGUUAUAUGGCUAAAAUAUAGACUAUUGAAGAAUUCGAAAGAACUGAGAUGACCAUACCGAAUUUCUACAUUUUGAUAUGUUAAAAUAGCAAAACGUGUUGGACAUCGAUAGAUUUUUUUUAUAGAAAAUUACGAUUUUUUGGUUAGUUUUUCAUUGAUCGAACAGUUUUUAGACUGAAAAUGUCAGAACAUGAUUUGUAUUCGACUACUAAAUAUGGUUCUCAAUAUGGGGUUGUGGAGCUUGUUGAAUUUCACUGAGAUCAUGAACCGACCAAUGUUAGACCACCACUACAGGUUUUCAUUUGUGGUCGCCAGAUCGGUUGAAGUCAGACAUUAACAUCGUUGGAUGCCAGCUCAGUGGUCUAGUGGUUAAGCAUUCAAGUGGGGUCGAAGGUCCUUGGUUCAAAUCUCGCAUACGUGAUCGUGGAUACACACUCUUAAGAAUUCCAAAACUAGGACGAAACGGCCGUUCUGUGCUUCCAGUAUUUUAAUAGUUGUCAGUUUUAAUGAUACUAAAUAUUUCUUGAAAAUCACUUCAAUUCUUACAAAUUUCACAUGAAUUUUUAUAAGUUGGUUCAAAGUCAUAUAGCUAGUUUUUUAUUCUUAAUAAGAGUUUGAUGACAGACUAAAUAAAGUCGAAUUUACUAGAACGGUACACGUUUUUGUCUGAAAUCAUGAUUUAAACGUAAGAAGGUAACAAUAAAUCUAGUUAUUUGGAAUGCGUCAAUAAGUGUCUGCCAAAUGUAGUUAAGAUUAUUAACGUUUGUUGUCAGACUGUGUUGGUAAACCAAAUGUAGUCCGAUUCACUAUUAUAGUUUGUAAUUCUUGAAAAUUAUUUUUUUUGUAAACCAUGCUACGUGGCGGAAUGUAAAAUUGGGUUGGACCAUCUCGUUAUUUCCAGAAAAAAUAACAAUUAUUUCAUGAUGCUUUACUGAAAACUGAUGCGGAUGCACCUUAUGAUUCUUUAAACCAUGUAUUAAUUCAAUCCAUCUCUCUUUAGACGACCUCCUUAAGGAAGUUCAACUAAGCAAUAUUAUACUGUUACAGCUAGAAAGUCGUAUGAAAAGUCUGCUGGGAGGCCAAACUAUUGACAACAGGCAUUUCUUUGUUUACAAGGUAUAGCUACUUAGUUUGUUACAAUAAAUAUUGAUGAACUGAUAAAGAUCACUGAGCACGUAUGCGAAGGAGCACAAAUUUCUUCAUUAACUUGUUGUUUUAGUAUGAAUAGGAUCACAUGUUAACAAAUAACACUUAUUUAAUCCAAUAAUCAAGAAUACAAUGUAAACAACACAGUUGUAUUGUACACGUACACAUAAUUGGAAAGUUUAUACAAUUCACAAAAUUAAUAAUUUUAUUUGUCAUAUAUUUCAGCGGUCUGUUUUAGGUUGUCAGAAUCACAAUUACUCGACAGGUAAUAAUAUAGUUUUCGUAGACGAUGAAAAUCAAUAUGUAUACAAAAGUACUGAAAACUGCAGACUCAAUAAAUUUAGUGCCACAACGACGACUCACUUAUUGUAAUCAGAGGAGUAAUUUUUAGCAAAAUUAUUUUCUAGAUUUAAUGGGUAUAUCGAAAUUUUCUAAACCUUUUCAUCCUAGAUAUUUGAUAGUAAGAUUUAAACUUUAGAUAUUUCAUUUUAUCUUCUGAUAUUCUUGAGGCUUUGUAUGACGUGAAUUAAUGAGGGGAACAAUCGUAUUUGUUUUUGAUAAGUGUUUCGUUAAUGUAUUAUUUUUUUAUCAUCAUAUAAAUCUACUUGGUCAUCGUAAAUUAUGACGGUCUCGAUGGUACCCUACCACCAAUAACUCUCUGGUAGAUUUUAAACAUGCUCUGAAGAUUCACCAGGCUCAAAAUGGCAGUUUUGUUGCACCUUUUCUACAUGUUAAGAUUGAAGUUAUUUGUCCAGUCCUGUUAUGACUUGUCACGUUAAUUAUCACGUGACCGAAUCGCCAAUUAGAGCACGACUUAUAUGACCUUGGCCCUGUACCAAACCAGUGACGCAAAAACCAGUACGGACAGUUUACAGUCAACUCUGAGUUCUUAUUGGUCCUUGUAUAGUAGCUUCUCACCUAGCCCAGAACACAAAUAUCGUCUUCCAUUGUGUGAAUUAGACAUUCCAGACAUACUUGGUUUACACACAAACAGACCAGAGUGCAUCAUACCAUAAAAUAGAAAAUAACAAUUAUACAAGAUCAAGUCUAAUGUGGCGGUGAAUGUGAGAGGCUGUGACUAGCAAAUAGGGAAUAACUUAGGAAUGGUAAAUCAUAUAACAGUAGUUAACGCGUCAAAUAAAUGCCUAUGAUAAAAGGAAUGUAUAUACAAUCUACGUACUUAACAGUUAUAAAAUGAGAAUAUAUGUAUAAUAAUAGUCUAUAAAUAGUUCCCUGAAGUUACCCAUAAUUUAAUCUUCGGAUAUAACGAUUCCGAAUUGAUUUGAGAGUAUGACUACAGUUUAUGGACGAAAUAGUCAGAUUUCAGAUGGCACCUCUUGAUUUUCAUAUAUCCAUAUGGUUAAACAGUAUUUUGACACUAUAAAUGAUGUCGUUUAGCUAUGGAAUUCUAACUUCAACUCCUAACCAUAACUUCUAGCCAUAACCCCUUGUCCGAUUCCUGACACUAAUUUAUAACCCUAUUUUAAGUCUAGUAAUCGGUUGGAGAUUCUCAAAGUUACUUUUGUAUCACUCAAAUCCCACUCAUGAAUUACAGUCUUGGACUAUACUUGGCUUUGUGAGCAAAGUAUUUAAGUUUAUGCAACAAAAUGAAAGAUUUUCUCGUAAUAGAAUUUACGAAGUGAUCAGAAAUGCUAAAUCCUUGAGAUUAUUUGAUAAGUAUCAAGAAUUAAGAUGUCCUAGACGAUCUUCAGCUUCUCAUUCUAACGCAUUGGUAGGUAGUUCUCCAAGUUUUUUAGACAACAUGAUUACGGUUGAUAGUUAAACGAUUGCGGCUUUUUUUCUCUACCCCUACGAUACAUUUUGAAGGUAUGACCAUAAUAAUCUAAAAAAUAUUAAUCAGUUUAAGUGUUAUCAAAAUACUUACUCAUUAUGUCCAUAGGCACACUUGUUUUCCGCCCAAAUAGAUAAAGGUAUAUCAUGUUAAGAAAUAAAUUAUCUUAGGUUAACAGCACAUUUGAACUAGACUCUAUAAAAGUAGUAGCAUGAUUACCGGAGCCUAUUCUUAUUAACAUGAUAACCACUGACCAAAUUGUUGGCUUUUAUAUUCACCUUAAAAUAAUAGCAGUUAAUUAUAUUAUUUUUAAAAUUAAUAAUAAUAUUAAGCGAUAGUUUCCAGGAGUGCAAAGAGGGAAGGUGUGAAAAAAGUUGUUUAUUAGUGAGUAGGCAAGUGUGAAUCAUAAGUUGAGAUUAUACUUGUUUUAAUGUUAUUUCGUGAUCAUUACGAUGUUCAGUCUUAUACUAGACUCACUGAUUAAUCAAUAUUUUUCUAGUUAAAUGUCCUAGUAUUAUUGAUUUAUCUAAAGACUGACUAUUAUUGAGGAAAUUUGAAAUAGAUCAGCACAAAAAAGGUGAUUUUCGUAAUUUCAUUCUAAUCAUCCAAUGAUUAUUUUGUUCUCAUUUUUCAGUGAACUAUCUUCACUAUUUAUCAUUUUAAUACCAAUUUUUUAAACAAAAUAAAACAGAUUUAAGAAGGGUUAUCAAUAAAAUUGCAUUUUCGCAUGAUUUAACGAUGUUUAACAUGACAAACAUUUUGGCUCACGUUUCGAUGUCAGUAUACUUGUGGAUACCACGUUCAUUGCAAAGUUAUAAUCAAAUGAAUCUAUGCUAAUGCACUGAAAGUCUUCUUUAAGAAGGUUAGGCCUUAACCAGGCUCUUUUCCUUCUUUGUGUAGUCUGAACAAGAAAACUGAAAUGUAUGGACUUACUCAUUCACAUAGAAGUAAUAACUGUUUCAGACUUUCAAAGCUAUCUGAGAAUAAGUUUCAUACAAAAAGGUUAUUUGUUUGUUACAUUUUAACUCAGCAUUCUUUCCGGACUAAAUUCCGAGGUGAAAGCACACACUGGGUUUCCAGAGAAAAUUCCAAUAAUUUUUAGGUACAUCAGUAUUUCCAAACUAAGUAAUCUAUUUUUCUGACUUUAUUUGCUUAAAAUGCCAUAACAUCAACAUUGUAUGUUACUUUCGAUUUUUACUACUCACUAGUUUAUAAGUAGGCAAACUUAUUUCUCUAAGUAGACUGGGCAUUUAUCAAGUGCGAACUCCAAGUCGUUGAACUGAAGAUCAGUAAGAUAAAAUAUAUAAAUAUGAACAAUUAAGUUUCGAGAUUAACCACUAUGAUCUAUUGGUGGAAAAUCAGGACUAUGUAAUUGAUAUGACAUCAAUCUGCAUUAAUAUUUGUUGUUGCAAAGGACAAGUCAAUUCAUUUUAGGCAAGAUUGAGUAUUGAAAAAAAUUAUGCAUUUGUUUUUAUCAAGGUUGGUUAGAUCAAAAGGAUUGUAUUAAAAUAGUAGAAAAAAUUCCGAUAUUUGAUGACCUUUUUGUAAACAGCCGGUUGAAAUAGUCAUAAGAAGAAUAGUUUGUUUUAAUGGUAAGAGUAACACAAUGUUAACUAGAUUGACCAUAUUUAAAGGUAAAGAGAAUUUCAUCAAAUACUUUAUCUGAAUUUGUUGUAUAUUAUGACUAGUUAUAUUAUUAGGUUUAUUCUAGAAAUAUAUGAAUGUGGAAAAAUAGAAUAUUGAUUUGAAACUCAUGUUUGUAAGUUAAAUAAACUAUUUUUUCUCUGUAACAUUUAUAUAGUUGUAUGAUGCGUACUAAUUGCGCCCACACCACCUCUGAAGCUACUUCCGGCCCCAAGCCCGAAUAAAGAAGGAGGGUUGGGCAACCCCAUCCCUUGGAAAACUAACUCGAUAAAAACGCUAACAAGAAAAAAUAAUUCAAACCAUUUGAACUCUGCCCUGGGUGUUAGAAGGUCUUCAUUUAGAUAAGUUAUGACGCCUCAUGGUGAAAGCCGAGUUCCUUCGGAAGUCACGAGGAGGAUGCCCAUUCUGACAACCGGAGCAACCAAUUAUUUAGGUACAUGGAAUUCUCGUACAGUGUAGGGGACCGGGAGAGCCUUCCAAAUUGCUGCAGAAAUGAAAAGAUACAACCUAGAGGUACUUGGGAUCAGUGAAACACACUGGACACAAGUUGGACAACAACGACUAACUACAGGAGAGCUCCUGUUAUACUCCGGCCAUGAAGAAGAAAAUGCACCACAUACACAAGCAGUUGCAUUGAUGCUGUCCAAACAAGCAGAAAAUGAGCUUAUAGGAUGGGAAUCUCAUGGACCAAGGAUCAUCAAAGCCUCGUUCAAAACAAAGAAAGAGGGUAUUUCAAUGGACAUCAUCCAAUGCUAUGCGCCUAUCAAUGGUCACAUUGAACACGUUGAAAAUCAAUUCUACGAUAGGCUGCAGUCGAUCAUUGAGAAUUGUCCAACAAACGGCUUGACCGUUCUGAUGGGAGAUUUCAAUACCAAGGUUGGAAUGGACAACACCGGAUAUGAAGACAUCAUUGGACUACAUGAACAGGGAGAAAGGACCGAAAAGGUGAGAGAUUUGCAAACCUAUGUGCCUCCAAUAAACUGGUCAUAGGCAGCACAAUAUUCCCACACAAACGCAUACACAAAUCCACAUGGACUUCACCGGAUCACACUACACAGAACCAAAUCGACAAUACCUGCAUCAACAAAACGUUCAGGAGGACUAUAGAGGACGUGAGAACCAAGAGAGGAGCUGAUAUAGACUCAGAUCAUCACUUGCUGGUCGCCAAGAUGAAGCUGAAACUCAAGAAGCACUGGACAACGAGGCCGACAACAUCACGAAAGUUUUAUAUGGCCUCUCGUCGGACAAGAGCAUGGAAAACCGAGACACAAGUCGAAUCCACAGAAGCAAACAAGCAAGUGAAAUGGAGCAGCAGAGUCGACAAAUCUAAACAUGUGGAGGAUUUAGCAACGACGGCGGAAAAGGCUGCAAGAGAAGGAAACAUGAGACAACUGUAUGAUACAACAAAGAAACUCGCUGGAAAUUAUCGUAAACCAGAAGGAAGGGAAGGCAAUCACCAAGAUUGGAGAACUGUGAGACAGGUGGGUAAAGCACUUGAAGGAGCUUGUAGAUCACCAACGUAGAUGAUCUAUGUCGAAAUGAUUGGAGGCCGACUCGAGUUAGACGUGAAUAAUGUGACGAACCAACUAACGUCGAAGUCACACCUCGUGGUCAGCACCUUACGUGGACUACCCCCAUUGACGUAACAAGGUACUAUAGAUGCUUUGAAGACUGUACAACACAAAGGACGUUAUUACAGAAAUAUAUUAGUUAAGGUAGAUACAGGCGAAAGUAAGACCACUGCCGCAUGGGCCAGUCCAUGGCGUAUGAUUAACCAAUGCGCGUUUGUUAUACAUGACCUUGGCAGGGAGCGAUGAUCUGUUCGACAUUCAGUGAUCCAACUGCCGGAUGAUUUGGCUAGGGCUCAGUGACAUUUCACUGGCCCUACAAUACUCCCCCACCAGAUUCAACGGCCGUUUGAAUCUGUACCAAACAUGUUGGGAGCAGUCGCGCGCCAGAGAGUGCCAAACGAAUAUUAUAAAUCCUCCAGGUAUUGCUUAUCUGUAAAAGAAAUGGAAAGGAGGCGGCAGAAACUGGUCGGGAAACAGCGAGUCAUAAUAUGUUAGUAGGACGUUGGUUAAACGUAAAGCGAUUAACCAUAGAAAUAAUGAAAAGAACAAAACGUUUUAUUGUUCUAUCAAGUCGCGCUGAAAUAUAUAGCCUUGAAAAGUAAUUCAGUUCCUCCGAUGACAAACGUUAAGUCUGCCGCAAGAGUAAUGAUGCUAUAGCGAUAGUAGGAUAAGUGUAUUAUCAAUCGAUAUCCAUAUUUGUACUGUCAUUAGUUCAAAGUUGUAAGUCGGACAGUGUCGUUGACAGCUAUUAAUUAGUGUCAAAUUCUAGUUAUAUCUAUAUCUAACAGACUAACCGUAAGUACAGAAGUAUAACAGUGAAGAGUGGUCGUGAUUUCGUUGUGCGAAGCUAUUGACCAACUUGUAGUCACAGUUUGAAAAGUCGAUGACUGCUGUUACAGUCAGUAAGGGUUGAAGGCUACAAAUCGACAGCAAAAGGUGGCACGAUGAAGUCUCUAAAAGAUGAUAAACGGUGAAUGCUGCGUGUUUGUUCGGUUAGUGAACAGAAAAAUAUCGAAAAGAACAUAAGAAACCAAGAGUGUCACUCUGGACUCAUGUCAAUGAUACCCGUGAAAAACGCUGUCAGUGUUGGGAUAGAGGCGACAAUAUCGUUUUCAGUUUGCAGGAGAUUCGCUCGACUGCAUAAACUGAUGAUUCGCGCGAAUGAUAUUGUCGUCAGACCACCAAUUGAACUGUACAGGUUGUAAAUCGUCGAGUAGUUGAACAGCCGAUUGAUGUACCGGAAUCAUCUGUUAAACAACAGCCACGAGGAAACAAUACUUCAUAAAAUGAAGUACGACAUCGAAGUAGAACUACAAUAGUUCAGAUGUGUUACAAUGUCAAGUCUAAAUAACAUCGUUCUUACGUAUACUGACAGUUGCACUGAACGUUCGCUUAGGUAUGAUUAGCGUAACAGUUGGAUGUGUGAAUAAAAACAUAUACGAAAACUAUGGUUGGGUUCGUGGAGAAUUUUCGAGGACGUUUAGAUAUUUUCCAAACCCGUAUCGCAUGUAAAUAAACCGAAAAUAGAAUUAAAACGACUGUUGUGUAAUAAGGAAAUCGAGCCAUGAUUUACCGUGAGAAUUAUUAGCAAAUACAAGGGGUAUAAUAAACAUUAAUUAAAAUGGUAACCACCAAUGUCACUAAGGUUUAGAGGGUCUAGGUAACGUGGCCAUUUCGUAAAAGGAUGAUACAAAGAGCUUAUUACCUAGCAUUAAGUGACAUAUUAAGUACGACAACAUGUGUACUUGGGACAUGGACUAAGCGUGCUCGUGUACAUGCAAUAUGUUUUACCACAGUAUGUCGACUAACGAGUCAUAAAUGUACAUGAUUUCGACUGAAACUUGACGGCAGUGACAGAAUAUAUGACUAGUUUACGUGAAAGCAACUACGAAAUGUUAUCACGCAUCAUAAAUAUAGUACGAAAUAAUCUAAUGAAAUUAUGAAACUCGCCUGGGUUACUCUUGCCUUUAAGUAAUGAAGUAGGCAGUAGUUUGAAUCUGGAUUAUGUACGAGGUACUGUUGAUUAAAUUUUUCGAUUAACACAGCGUUGUAGACUGACGAACAGUCUAAACGAGAUCUAAGAUCGCAGGAAAUUUAUAGUUCAAACUCACCGUGAAUUUCUAGCAUUCGUAUCCUCUGUUUGGCAAUGGAACUCAGCAAUUGGAAAUUAGGCAGGCAGUGGUAAAAAAACAGAACAUUCUAGUGGAUAGUGGUUAAGCAGAAAGAUGAAUUUAUAGUCGACAGUUAAUCUUGUCUUAUUUAUACCAGUGGAUAAGGUACAAAGAGACAUGCGUUCGUGUUGCCUUGUGGCUAUACUCACGAGUGGUUGAUAUUUUAACAGACAUAUUACACAGGAGCAUUUACAUGCUCCUAAUGCUUGUUAAAGAACCACGAUAGCCGAUUAUAAUCGUAGUUGAUUGGUUAGUUCUGUCGAUUGAACGAAUUAUCUAGGUUUAAAUGCUAAUCAACAUUGACAUGAAGCAACGAAAGUUCACAGUAACAGAUUAACAUAGGCGAUGAUAAAAAUGAAAAAGAAUAAGUAUAGAAUACAAUAAUAAAGAUUAUAGUGAUAGGUUGCGUUAUUCGAAGUCUUGCUCACCAGUGUAGAUCAUCAACGUAGAUGAUCUAUGUCGAAAUGAUUGGAGGCCGACUCGAGUUAGACGUGAAUAAUGUGACGAACCAACUAACGUCGAAGUCACACCUCGUGGUCAGCACCUUACGUGGACUACCCCCAUUGACGUAACAAGGUACUAUAGAUGCUUUGAAGACUGUACAACACAAAGGACGUUAUUACAGAAAUAUAUUAGUUAAGGUAGAUACAGGCGAAAGUAAGACCACUGCCGCAUGGGCCAGUCCAUGGCGUAUGAUUAACCAAUGCGCGUUUGUUAUACAUGACCUUGGCAGGGAGCGAUGAUCUGUUCGACAUUCAGUGAUCCAACUGCCGGAUGAUUUGGCUAGGGCUCAGUGACAUUUCACUGGCC